AUGCAACUUGUGGUGAGUUGGCUGAGUAUCAAACGUGAAACGCAGUUAAAUGUUAGGAGUUAAAUUAGUUAACUGAGUAUCUAAUGUUUCAAGGUACGCAGCUAAAAUAUUUGGAAGAUUAAAAAAAAAGUUUUCAAAAAAUACGCAGCCAAAAUUAUAUGUUAGGAGCUGAAAAUUUCAGAAUUUUCAGCCAAAAAUCCGCAAUUUUCAGAAGCCAGUACCUCAAAAUCGUCUCAGCCUAAUCUCAGCUUUUGCCUACCCCGACUUCAUCGCAGUUACCACAACUCUAACCCGCGCAAAACACGUGGGCGCUCCAAUUUUCUGCCGAUUUUUCGAUGAAAAUCGCAUCGAACUUCCGCGAACUCGCUUCAAAUCUGUGAUUUUUCCCAUCGCCGCAGUUCGAUGUCCAAAAAUCGCAGGCGGAGCUAAAUUCGUAUCACUUAGCCUAACUCCUGAAGCUUCUGCUGAUUCUCCAGAAGAACUUGGCCUAACUCCGAUUCCCCUAAUCUCCCGGGAAUUUCCCCAGAUUCCCCAUGAGUUGGGAGUUUGUAGCGGGCAAUUUUAUGGGCGGGAACCGAAGUGGAUGGAAGUUAUUGAGCAUGUGGAGCAUCAUCGGAUGUUGGUGAGUUCACUGAGUAUCUAACGUACGCAGCCAAAUUUCCCGGGAAGAAUAUAUGUCAUAUAAGAAAGAUAGUAUCUGGGUUUCUGUUUUCUAGCCGUGUUAUCUUGGCUGAGUAUCUAAUGUUCAGGUACGCAGUCAAAUUGAACAAUAGGAGGAAGGGUUAACUGAGUAUAAAACGUAUUUAACCAAAUUCAGUUAGCUGAGUAUCUAAUGUCCCUAAGUACGCAGCCAAAUUUUCUCCAGGGUGCCACCCAAUUCUACUUCACAAUUCUCGAGGCUUCCGAAUACGAUCGGCGAAUUUUCACAUAUUAUAACGGGCUAGGUCUCUCUGAGACCACCGAUGUUUUGCUGGAAUUCGAUCCGAGUGCGAGGUUUCAUGAGAUUCAGAUGAAUGUAAGUUUUCCGCGUGUCCGGAAGCUCGCGGAAAACCCAAUAAAUUUUUUCAGGAAUGCUACUAUCGCUCUCGCCAUCACUCAAAAUGGGUUCUCAACAUCGAUCAAGAUGAGCGUUUCGUUUUCAAUAACAAAAACAUAUCAGUUUUGAAAUUCCUGCGGACCCUUGGCCCAAGUUUUGGCGAAAUCACCGUUCCGGUCUCCCGCACCGUCAAAUACCAAAGCAAUCCGCAAACCUAUGUUAACCCGGAGCAAAUGCUCCGCGAGCUUCAUUUUCUACGCUACCGAAAUCGCACCAAUUUCUCAUGGAACACCCAGAAAGGCUUCUUUGACCCGCUGAAAGUGCACGCCCUAUUUUUCCAUUUCGCAUUUUUGCGAGAUCCCGAAUGCCGGGUUUAUUUCUUUUCACGACACAUUGCUCAUAUUAGACACUAUCGAAUAGCCGAUGAGAAAUGGCUGAAGAAUUCGACGAUUUUGGAGAGGGAAGAGUUGGAUGGGGAAUAUGUGGCGGAGAUGAGGAGACGAGUUUUGGCGGUGAUUCGAAAUGUGUAUACGCAUAGGGUUACCCAGAAACAGGAUAUGUAAAUUUUUAAUAAUUAAUAAAAUUUUCUAAUUGCGAAUUUCCCCCUGAAAAACAAAAACACACGUUUCUUUCGAGAAAAAAAGAAAAAAAAUAAUUUUUUUUCACAAAAAAAAAUAAAAAAAAUAAAUGUUUGUGCAUCGCGUCGAGACCCAACUCUUGUUUGCAAUGUUCCUUUGAACAAAUCGACCGUAAACCUUUUUCGUUUUUUCUUUUCUUUUUCACCUGUUUUUCACCGUUUUCACUUGAUUUUUCAGGAUCUUGGGUUCGAGGAGUCAAGGGAUUUUGUGAUUUUUGAGGAAAAUUGAAGAUUGACAAAGUUUGAAGUGCAAGAAGAGUAGGAGGUUAGAUUUUUAGGCUUCGGAGGAAUAUUUAAAUUAUUUUUCAGAAUGAUCCCGUUUCAAAGCUUUGAAGAUGAGACGUGUCUAAUUUACCUGAAUGUCUAGACUAUGAGAAAAUGGUUUCACUAUAUAAAAACGAAUCUGCAAACCAGGAGAAAUUCGAUAAACAUGAAAGUGUUCUAUUUUUUCAUUUUCUCUCUAAUUCUCCCAAUUUUCGCCUAUGUGUCAGAAGGUGACGUGGAAAAAUUGAUAGAAAAUAUCAACACAGCAAUCAGCGAUAAAGACAGAAGUGCUUUGAAAACCUAUAUUCAUCCGAAUUUCGUAUUUCAAGAUUGUAUUGUGAAUAUAACGAGAGAUGAAUUCAUGAUUCAAUUAAUUGCAAAUCCAGCGGAUUCGAUGAAAAUGAGGUUGAAAUAUACGGAUUAUCAAGUUGCUUAUAUAAGACAUCACAGUUUUGUGACUGAAUUUGAUGUGGCGCAAAAUGAAGUGGUUGAUUCAUCAACUUAUGCUGCUUUGAGACAAAUUGGAGACAAGUUUUCGAUUAUUUUUGGCAAAACUAAUGGCUGUCAAAAAUCAUGA